CCCUCUCUCUUCCGUAUCCAUUCAACCAAACAACACUCUUCGUCAUCACUUCAUUUCUUUCUUCUUUCAUGGCUACUAAGCAAACCGAUAUGGUUAAGCCUUCUUCUCUUCAGGUUGAGCCUGCUACCUCUCCACCGGAGGCCAGUCCUUUCCGGAAGAUCGUCGUCGUUGCUUCCAUUGCCGCCGGGAUUCAAUUCGGAUGGGCUCUUCAGCUCUCCUUGCUGACUCCUUAUGUCCAGCUUCUCGGUAUUCCCCACACCUGGGCUGCUUUCAUCUGGCUCUGUGGUCCCAUCUCCGGUAUGAUAGUUCAACCGGUCGUUGGAUACCACAGUGACCGCUGCACCUCCCGAUUCGGCCGACGCCGGCCGUUUAUCGCCGCCGGUGCAUUGGCCGUCGUCGUCGCUGUUUUCUUGAUCGGUUACGCUGCGGACAUGGGCCACAUGUUCGGUGACUCGUUGGAGAAGAAAGCGCGUCCCCGAGCCAUCGCGAUCUUCGUCGUCGGAUUCUGGAUCCUCGACGUGGCCAAUAACAUGCUACAAGGCCCAUGCCGAGCACUGUUAGCCGACCUCGCCGCCGGCGACCAGAGGAAGACUCGGACGGCGAACGCGUUCUUCUCGUUCUUCAUGGCCGUCGGGAGCGUCCUCGGAUACGCCGCCGGAUCCUACAGUAAGCUCCACAACGUAUUUCCGUUCACGAAAACCAAGGCCUGCGACGAAUAUUGCGCGAACCUGAAGAGUUGCUUCUUCCUCUCCAUCGCUCUUCUGCUCACUGUCUCAAUCGCUGCUGUGACCUACGUGAAGGAGAAGGCGCUUGAGAAAGGAACUGGCGGGAACGAGGGAGAAAAUGAUUCGGUGGGCGAGGGAUCAGGAGGAUUCCAGUGCUUCGGACAAAUGUUCGGUGCGUUCCGUGAGCUCAAGAAGCCGAUGUGGAUUUUACUCCUGGUGACGUGUCUCAACUGGAUUGCUUGGUUCCCUUUCUUGUUGUUCGACACUGAUUGGAUGGGCAAGGAGGUGUACGGAGGAAAGGCUGGGGAAGGCAAGGCAUACGAUAGAGGGGUGCGCGCUGGCGCAUUGGGUCUUAUGCUCAACUCCGUGGUGUUAGGCGUGGUGUCGUUGGGCGUGGAGGUGCUGGCGCGUGCGGUUGGGGGCCCGAAGAGGUUAUGGGGAAUUGUUAACUUCAUUCUCGCCGUAUGUUUGGCCUUGACGGUGUUGGUCACCAAGUUGGCCGAGCACUCACGGCAGUUCGCCCCCGGCUCUCAGGAUCCUCUGCCACCUUCCACCGGGAUCAAGGCCGGCGCGUUAACUCUCUUCGCGGUUCUCGGAAUUCCACUCGCGAUUACUUACAGUAUCCCUUUUGCGCUAGCAUCCAUAUUCUCCACCUCUUCAGGGGCAGGCCAAGGGUUGUCUUUGGGCGUUCUCAAUCUGGCAAUUGUGAUCCCACAGAUGUUUGUGUCUGUGGUGAGUGGACCGUGGGACGCAGCGUUCGGUGGUGGUAACCUACCGGCGUUUGUUGUAGGUGCCAUCUCUGCCGCAAUCAGCGGCAUAUUGUCGAUGGUUUUGUUGCCGUCUCCACCACCGGACUUGGCAAAGACGAUGAGCACAGCCGGAGGCUUCCAUUAGAGAGAACAAUUAAUUACUUUUUUCUUUUUAUUUUUGGGGUUUUGUUUUUUUGUUUUUUGUUUUCCUUUUUCUUUGUAGAUGGGGGUCCCGGGUCUUAAAUAUGAUUAAAGCCUCUCAUGCUGUGUCCAAGUCCAACAAACGCUUGAAUUUAAAACUGCCCUCCUUGUGGCAGCAAAGUGACGGAUGACUCUAAGGGGGUCAUUUUUAUUGUAAAGUUUGAUGAAGAAUAUGUGUAAUUAGGAGGACCCCAAAAGAAGCCUUGUUCAUUUUUGAAGAACUGGGUCCAUUUUGGGGUGCUUUGUACGUCAAACAGGGGUAGGGAGACUGAGUGAGGGAGGAAAUGACCAUAAUGUACAGGUGGGGGGCCAGGCUGGUUUAGGUGAACCGAACCGGAUAGGACUGGUGACCCCGUUCCUCCAACCCUUCUGCCUGCCAUCUUUGUUGCUGGCAGUGGCUCCUAAUAAAACAUUCUCUUUCUCUCA